AUGGCUUCGGCGGUGGUGCAGGUGUUCGGGCAGCCGGCGUCGACGGACGUGGCGAGGGUCAUGGCGUGCCUCCUCGAGCGGAAGCUCGAUUUCGAGCUCGUCCGCACCGACGCGUUCAGGCGCGGGCGCAAGCUCCCCGAGCUCGUCAAGAUGAGGGAUCCCAGCAGCAAGGUGAUGCUCAAGCACGGCGACACCACCCUCACCGAUUCCAGAGACAUUUGCCGGUACGUGUGCACUGAGUUCCCGCGGUGGUGCACCAGGGACCUGUACGGCGCUGGCGCGCUGGAGCGCGCGUCCGUCGAGAAGUGGCUGCAGGCGGAGGCGCAGAGCUUCGACGCGCCGAGCGCCGCGCUGGCGUUCCACCUCGCGUUCGCGCCGCGGCUGGUCGGGGUGCCGUCAUCUUCUCCGGCCGCCGCGCCGGACGGCAUCGACGACGAGGAGGAGGCACGACGCGCCGCCACCGUCGCGGAAAGCGAGCGGCUGCUGCUGCGCGUGCUGGACGUGUACGACGACGCGCUCGGCCGGAGCGCGUACCUGGCCGGCGGCGAGUUCACGCUGGCGGACCUGUCCCACCUCCCGAACGCGCACUACGUCGCGUGCUCCGCGCGGGGCAGGGCGCUGCUGGCGUCCAGGGGGAACGUGGCGCGGUGGUACGCGGCCAUCUCGGCGCGCCCGGCGUGGAGGCGGGUGGUCGGCGUGCAGGCCCGGAGCGCGCACUGCCCGUGCGCGCUCGAGGCGUGA